UUUAUUUUAAGUGCAAAUGGAGGUGUGCUUGGUAAAAAUGAUGGGUUUUUAUUAAAAAAGUAACUUUAGUUUUUGUCUUGCUUACUUUUUAAGUAGUUUCUUAAUUUUCUGUCUCAUGCGAUGAAUGGAGGAUACCGCACGAGGUUAUAACACAACUUUCACUUUCUAUUAAAAUUAAAAGUUACUCUUUCAACUCCAAACAGCCACUUAUAGUUUCCUUGCUAUACACAUUAAUUUCCACGAAAACAAAAUAACUGUUAAAAUAUGAAGAAAAUAACCUGUUGAUUUAAUUAAGAGCAAUCCCAUUUUGAGAAUCUGGGUGGAGAGCAUUGCUGAUUUCUUAUUAAAUAAAAAAAUAAUUAGUAUGUUGAUCAAAAUUUGUCCUUUACCACCAUAUAAAUUAAUAAUUUGCAGCAAUAUAAAAUAUGAAUAAAUAUAAAUUUGGUUGAGGUAUCUGAAUCAUUAAGAGUAGUGGUUGUCGUUAGACGUUUUACCGGCAGGUGGCACUAACACACAGCGUCACAAGGCGACAAAUAGCAGCAGCAGCAGCUCCCAGGUGCGGCGUUCGGCGGAAAAUAUAUAAAACAUUGCCUAAACCCCCAAUUUUCAAUCUUUAUACCAAAAUAAACAAAUUCUUUAGAUAAUAUGAAACUUAUAUAAAAGAAUUAACAAUAUAUAUAUAUAUAUACAUAUGGUGAAAUGAUAUUGAUAAGCCAUCAAUUUGAAAAAUUAUGGAUUUAAAAUUUCAAAAUAAAAAAAGAGAUUAUUAUAAUGAUAAUAUAUGUAUACAUGUGAAAACAGAAAAAAUAACGUUAAAAAUGAAAUUGGGACUAAGCCAAUAAAGAAGGUAGACCCAUAUUGCAAGCACCAUUAAAAAAAUGUUCCCCAAGAACCCUACAGAAGGGCCUUCCAUGUUCCCCAUUUACACCCUUAUAAGAAUCCCCUCUUUCCCUUUUAUGCUCUUCUUAACACUCAAAAUUGCCCCACUUCCCCACCUUAGUCCUUUACUACCCCUUACCCUUAAGACAAACUAAACUCCCUCCUCCAUUUUUUUUGCACCAUUUCCUAGUGUGCUCGUGUGCCUUAAUUUUUUAUAACUCUCUCUCUCUCUCUCUUGCUUCUUUCUUUUUCUUCUCUCUAUCAGUUUCUGUAUCUGUUAUCUCUCUCUCUAUCUCUCUCUCUCUCUCUUCCUCUCUGAGUUUGAUAGAAGACAUGGCAUCUGGGACUCAUGGAACAGGGUCUCCUUGCGGGGCAUGCAAGUUUCUCAGGCGCAAGUGUGCAUCCGAUUGUAUAUUUGCUCCUUAUUUUUGCUCCGAACAAGGACCUGCCCGUUUUGCAGCCAUUCACAAAGUGUUUGGUGCUAGCAAUGUUUCUAAGCUGCUUUUGCAUGUCCCUGUUCCUGAUCGCUGUGAGGCAGUUGUCACAAUUGCUUAUGAGGCUCAAGCAAGGAUUAGAGACCCUGUUUAUGGAUGUGUUGCUCACAUUUUUGCCUUGCAACAGCAGGUGGCAUGCCUGCAAGCACAAUUGAUGCAGGCAAAAGCUCAACUAGCUCAAAACCUGAUUGAAUCAAGGAAUAUGGAAAAUCAAUGGCCAGGAUUUGCCAAUGGAGGCGCCAACUUUCCAAACUAUGGGAACUACAGGAACCCCAUUUCACCUCAAAGCUCACUCGAAUCGGUUGAGCAUAACAAUGAUGGAAUGAGCACGCAGGAAUUACAAGGCUGCAGAGAGGAUUUCUCACUUCUCCAACCUUGUUCUAAGAAAAGACCAAAUAAUGCAACUACGGACUUGGGUGAGCUUCAGGCUUUGGCCCUCAGAAUGAUGAGGAACUAGCUAGCUAAUGAUCACGUAUCAUGAUGAUGAGCUAGCUAUAUAUAUAUGCCCAAAAAUGAAUGUAUAUAUACAGAGUCUUAAUUUGGGGAGAAAAAAAAAAUUACUACAAUUUGAUAAUUAGUCAAAAUGUAGGAGUUUUGCUUUUUGUUCGACCAAAAACUUUAAUCUGUUACUUCUUCUGCAAUGAAUGAGUAAUAAGAUAAUAGUUUAUUUUCUCUGCGUGAA